AUGCCAGGGUUUUUCGCUCGUAAAAAGUAUUGCCAUACAUGCAAGAAAGCUUAUGAUCAUCGAGAAGAUCACCUAUGCCCGAAUGCCUGUUCAUGUUGUCGCUUUCCCGACUGUCCCGUUGAGUCCUGGGGUCGCUGCAAUGACUGUAACCGGAUGUUCAAAAGUCAAGCGUGUUUCGAUCGGCAUAAACAGUCAAGCGGAAAAUCGAUCUGUGCGACGAUGAUUAAAUGUCCUGACUGUCAUAGACUUAUCAAACGAGGUCCGAGAGAUUCCGAGAAACACCAUUGUGGCAUGACAAAAUGCUUAAUAUGUAAAGAAUACACUCGACCCGGCGACCAUCGGUGUUACAUGCAGCCCGUGGAAAAACGAAACGAAGGUUUAUCGGACAGUGACGAUUCGUCUGAGCACCCUGAGGAUGAUGUUACGGAAGGCGGGUACGACCAAAUGUUAUUCUUUGAUUUCGAGUGUCGUCAGGAAAAUGGAAAUCACGAGCCCAGUUUAUGUGUGAUUCAGAACGAAGCCGGUGACGAAUGGGUAUUUGAAGGGGAUAACACACGGAACGAGUUUUGUGAAUGGUUAUUUCAAAAGGAACGGGCAAAUUGUGUGGUGAUGGCUCACAAUUUCCAGGGGUACGACAGUUACUUUAUUCUCCAAUACUUACGGGAGAACGGUGUCAAGUACGAUGUCAUCAUGCGCGGUGCUAAAGUGCUUUCCUUAUCUGUGGACAUGUUCAAGAUAAAAUGUAUCGACUCCUUGAACUUUAUCCCAAUGAGAUUAGCAGAUUUUCCAAAAACCUUUGGUAUCGACGAACUCGCAAAGGGGUACUUUCCGCAUCUUUUCAACAAGAAAGAAAAUGAAAAUUAUGUGGGACCGAUCCCACCCACUCCCUACUACAACCCGAACGGAAUGAGUCCUGCAGCGAAGGAAACGUUUUUACAUUGGCAUAGAAAUUUGAAGGACAACGAAUACGUGUUCAACUUCAAAGAGGAAAUUCUUGCUUAUUGUCGUUCCGAUGUGGAUAUUCUACGGCGUUGUUGCUUGGAGUUUCGCGAACUGUUCCGUAACGUCACAGGCAUCGAUCCCUUUGAGAAAUGCCUCACCAUUGCGUCCGCGUGUAAUCUAGUGUAUCGGACCAAUUACCUUGAAGAGAACACCAUUGCCAUCAUCCCACUACGCGGUUACUGUCCCGAGAACGUCCAGUCCCUUCUUGCACAAAAAUGGUUGUCGUAUACGGCCGAACGAAACGAAAUUGACAUACAGCAUAAUCGUAAUGGAGGAGAGAAGCGUGUUGGUUGGUAUUUGCUGGACGGUUAUCACGAAGAAACCCACACGGCCUAUGAAGUUCAUGGAUGUUUCUGGCAUGGUAAGUGUUUGAAUAAACGCCUCCCUCGAAUAGACGCCCCUUAGAAUAGUAUUUAGAAUAGUAUUUUUGAUUAUUUCUUAAAGGAUGUAUAAACUGUUACACUCGCGACACGAUGAAUCCUGUCAAAGGUAAAACCAUGCACGAUCUUCAUCAAAAAACCGUGGAAAAGAUACAGUAUUUGAAAAAUCAAGGCUACAACGUGGUAGAAGUUUGGGAAUGUAGAAUCAAUCGGGAAUUGGCAGAUAAUGAAGACAUGAAAUAUUACUUUGAUCAAUAUGAUGGAGUCGAUCCCUUGGAACCUCGUGAUGCCCUAUACGGGGGACGAACCAACGCGUCGAGACUUUACCAUGAGUGUAAUGAUGAUGAGAAAAUAAGGUAGGACGAAAAAAAUUUUGGACGUUAUGUUUUUACGUUAUGUAUGACGUCAUGUUUUACUACGUCAUGUAUGACGUCAUGUCUUACGUCAUUCUAGAUAUGUGGAUUUUACAAGCCUUUAACCCUGGUGCAAUAAAAUGACGCGAACGGUUGUGGGACAUCCGCGCAUCAUCACCGAGAAAUUUGGCGGCAUUUCCACCUAUUUUGGUCUGGUCAAAUGCACAGUGCUUCCACCUCGAGGUUUGUUCCACCCUGUUCUUCCUUAUCGCACCCAGGGCAAGUUGAUGUUUGCGCUUUGCAGGACCUGUGCCGAUGCCUGUAGCCAGACUCCCUGCGGCCAUGCCGACCGUGAAAGAGCCAUUCAGGGUACAUGGUGUAGCGUGGAGCUGGAGAAAGCGCUGGAGAAAGGUUAUCAAAUCGUACAGAUUCAUGAAGUGUGGCACUUUCCCGAAACCUCGGAUGACCUGUUCAAGGACUAUAUUGAAAUUCCUGAAAAUUAAACAGGAGGCGAGUGGGUACCCGAAAGAUAGUGUCACCGAAGAGCAGAGACAACAUUACGUGAACGAGUACUUUGGGAAGUCGGGAAUCCAUUUAGAUCCCCACAAGAUCGAAUACAAUCCUGGCUUACGCGCUCUGGCGAAACUGAUGUUGAAUUCGUUCUGGGGUGAGUACUAUGCUUUCACUGAUAUGUUUCCUUUACAUGAUACUUAACAGUUUCUCGUUUAGGUAAAUUUGCACAACGACCCAACAUAGUUAAAACCGAGCAGAUAAAAGAUCCACAAGUAUUCUUUGACUACCUCACUUCUGAUGAGAUCAACGUGCUUGAUGCCGAUUUAGUGAGUGACGACAUCAUCGAAAUCCGGUACGAGUAUACGGACAAUUUUAUCAAACCCGAUGCCAAGACCAACGUGGUCAUUGCUGCUUUCACCACCGCCUAUGCCCGUCUCAAGCUUUACGGCGUGUUGGACAUGUUGCAAGAGAGAGUGAUGUAUUACGAUACCGACUCAGUGAUUUUUGUCAGCAAACUCAAUGAACCCGAACCUCCCUUGGGCAACCAUCUCGGCGAAUUAACCGAUGAACUGGGAGGCGAAUACAUUACUGUGUUUGCGUCGGGCGGUCCGAAAAAUUAUUGCUACCGUACGAAUAGUGGUAAAGUUGAGACCAAAGUGCGUGGAAUCACUCUAGACUGCACGGCGAGGCAGAAGGUGAACUUCGAGGUGAUUCGUGGACUGGUGUAUUUACAUGCUAAAUGUCAAGUGACGGGGCAAGUGUCUGUGGACAUUCCGUUUAGAAUCACAAGAAAUACCCGGACCAAGGAAAUUGAAACGAAGCGUAUGAAAAAGGACUAUAGAAUAGUUUAUAAUGAACGUGUAAUUAUGGAUGAUUACAGAACAUUACCUUAUGGGUACUAAGACAUAACAGUUGUUCAUUACAGUUGAAAUAAAUAUUUUUACAAAGACGGUUUGAUCUCAAUGUUAAUUUUUAAUGUUCAGUUUGUGGUAAUGAUCCAGAUUCACCCCCGUUUCUUUCUCCAGUGCAUCGAUCUGCUUUUCUUUUUUUUCUGGCCAUGUCCCACAUCAUCAUUUCUCAGAUUUUCUCUAGCGUUCAUCUGGUAGGUAAAGGUGUUCCCCUGGGGGCCCCGGGGUACCGUUAUACCCAUUAAUGUUUCCAAUAUGAUUUGUGUCAACAUAAUGGAGUGCAACGUCGCAUUGUCAAUAAGUGUUGCUGGUAUUAUAUUCUUCUCUAUCAAAAGUUUCAUCAAAUCCAAAGUUGCCAAAUUUCCCUCUUGCAUAAUAAUUUUGUCCGAGAGCCAGUGAGUGACAAUGUUUCUCCAAGUCAUGUUUGCUUCAAAUGAUUAGGGAACUAAAGAGCCAGUAUCCUUUAUAGGUUUUGAUUACGGAAUAAUAUGUAAGUUACAAUAACUGAAAGAUCACGUGUUUCAAUGCUCGCCUGUGUUUCGCGCAAAAGAUAGUUUUCCAAUCGUCCGCCGUAUACUCAAGCAAUUCGAAAUCAUGUACUUUCGUAUCACUCAGACUUUCAGUAAAGGCCUCCAUCACUUCUGUUUCCGAAGCCUUUUCCAGAGCAUGAUCAAAGUAUAGACAUAACCGUUCGUCUCUUUCCAUCGUAAGACACUGGUGAUGCGUCUGGGACAGAUGCUCUGUCAUGCAACCGUUACAAUUUUCAACAACGAGCUGAGAGAUGAUAGGAGCGAUUUCUUCCGCGGAAACUUUUAGAAGUUUUUCGACGAUACGUUUUUGGCGGUAAUAGAAAAUAAGUUCCCUAUUAUCGAUAUCGAUAGGUUUAGACAUGUUUACUCUUUGUCUGAUCGAAAGUAAUGAAUGUUCCUUCCCGAUGGAAAAAGCAUUUAUACACGCGUGUACCUUCAGGAACCUUUUCAUAUUCGAGUGUACGUCAUGGGACACUCUGCUAGUAAAAAUCCGAAGGUCGAAAAGAAUCAUAAUAAACAGAAAAUGUUUAGAAUCGGCAUAAGUGUAGGACGAAACGAUCUAAAUCUCGAGGGGCAUGUACAAAUGGGAUACUGUAGUAAAACCGUUAAAAAUUACAAUCCCGCUGAAAAGACCCAGGAGGAUAAUAUUCAAAACGUUGAAGAAUGAAAGGAUUCCUUCAUUUCACGUGUGAACAUGGAUGACUACUUAUCUAGCGUUUAUUCCGAUCCGAAAAGGCCCGGAGGAUUUGGCGGAGUGGAUCGUUUGUACCAGGAUGUUAAAAAAGAAGGAAAGUUUGCGAUAAGUCGUAAAGAAAUUAAGGAAUGGUUAAUGAAACAAGAUGCGUACACAUUGCAUAAACCCAUGCGUCGCCACUUUAAACGAAACCGUGUCAUCGUGGGGGGUAUUGAUCAGGAAAAGCAAAUGGAUCUGGCGGAUUUGCAAUCCAUGCAGAAGUUUAACGAUGGUUAUCGCUAUUUACUUGUCUGCAUCGAUGUUUUUUCCACGUAUGCAUGGGUAGUCCCGUUGAAAAACAAAACAGGUCCUGCGCUGGUCGAAGCUUUCAAAGUCAUUUUAACGUCUGGACGCAAACCCGAAAAGAUCAUGACAGAUCAAGGAACAGAGUUUCUAAACAAACAUUUCCGAGCGUUGAUGAAAGAAGAAGACAUCGAACUGUACAAUACGUACAAUAACACGAAAGCUUCUAUCGUGGAACGUCUGAUUCGUACUCUAAAACCCAAAAUGUGGCGCUAUUUUACAAGAAAACCAUGCGAUACAUAGACAUGUUACCCGACAUGGUCUAUUCCUACAACCAUAGUGUUCACCGUAGCAUCAAGACAAGACCCGCGGACGUUACUGCUGAGAACGAGAAGAAAGUGUGGCACACUCUGUAUGAUGAUCAUAACGUUGUGAAAAAUGUAAAGUACAAAUUCAAGGUCGGUGAUCAAGUGAGAAUUAGCAAGAUGAAACGAACAUUUGAAAAGGGAUACUUGCCGAAUUUCUCCAAAGAGAUCUUCACUAUAACCAAACAAAUACCUCGUGAUCCUCCUGUGUACAAACUAAAGGAUCUGGACGGUGAAGAACUCAAAGGAACAUUUUACGAGAAAGAGUUGCAAAAGAUCAUUAAGGAAGAUGACGUCUACGAAAUUGAGAAAGUUUUGAAGAAACGUGGACGAGGCAAUAAUGUACAUUAUCUUGUAAAAUGGUUAGGGUACCCCAAUAAAUUUAAUUCGUGGGUACCCGCUUCUGAAAUAAAUAAGAUUUAA